AACCGCAAACUCCUCUCGGAAUGGAUCAAACUCUAUCCCUUUUGCAUCAGACUUUGCCAUGCCGAGCCACCCAAAUAGACCAUCUCCAUAAUCUGUUUGCAUAUAAAGAUGAACCUCACCCGGAGACUGUCUACAUUCAGGGCGGUCCAAGCACUGGAAAAUCGAUUGUGGUCACGACCUUGCUGGAAAAGCUCGAACUAAAGCAUGCCAUUCUCAACUUAGUCGAAUGUUAUACCGCUAAAAUUCUGUUCGAGACCAUCCUGAACAAGUUGUCGGGACACAGGAUGGACCCCAAAAACCCCGUACCGUACGCUAAAUGUGAGAAUAUGAUGGAUUUCUUACAGCACUUGAAGAAUUACUCUUUGGAAGACGAUCUCACUGGCUCAGUUAUAGUGCUCGACAAAGCUGAAGAGUUGAGGAACAUGGAGUUCAACUUGUUACCAGCAUUCAUGCGAUUGAAAGAGCUCAGCGGCAUUCCUAUCUCGGUCAUUCUCAUAUCCGAACUGGUAUUCCAAAAGUUUCUUUCAAAAGCUAACAUAGUCGAUCCAAUGAAGAUAGAUUUUCCUCAGUACAACAAAGACGAACUACUGGAAAUCCUCUCUAUGGAUAUCGAAAAUGCUAGGAGGAUAGUAGAAAACGAGUACGAACACUCUAUAGAUUUCGACUUAGAGUUUUACAAGAACUAUCUCAACGUGUUUCUUUCAGUAUUUUAUAGAGCUUGUAGAGACUUAUCAGAGCUGAAAUACAUGUCACGAAUCAACUUCGUCAAGUAUUGUCAACCUAUAAUAACCGGGCAGAAUACUGUGGAAGACCAGAUGGCCCUGUGGAAAAACGUCGCUCCUACCUUGAAAAGCUCAUUGGCAGUUUUAUAUCUGCGAAUCGAUACCUCGAACCAAACUGAUCAAGUUGUGAAGCAUUCCGUUGGCUCUAAAGAAACUUCAGCUCAGAGUUUGGAGUUGCCUUUCUACGCUAAAUAUUUACUGAUAGCGGCCUACUUGGCCAGUUAUAAUUCCGCGAAGGACGAUAAGAGACUGUUUAUGAAGUUUCACGGCAAGAAGAUGAAAAAACUCAAAGACGUAAAGAUGAAGAGUAAAGUUUCUGAACAGUUGAAUACGCAGCUGGGUCCUAAACCGUUCGCCUUUGACAGACUGUUGGCAAUUUUUUACUCCAUCUUAGACGAGAAAGUCGGGUUCAAUAAUAAUCUUCUCGUUCAAGUUUCGAGUUUGGUGGAGUUGAGAUUGUUGAGUUCUGUUUCAGAUAAUUGUUUUCUGGAUGGCCAAAAAUAUAAAUGUAAUGUGAACUUUGAUUUUAUACAGGAAAUUUCUAGGACUGUUAGGUUCAAUAUCAGAAAGUACCUCAGUGAUUUCAGUCAUAUUUGAAUCCUGCAUUCAUAAGUUAUGCAACUUCACUCUCAUAUGCCUAUGGUUGAAAGCUUUCUGACAAUGCACAGUGUUCAUGUUCAUAGAAAGUAUAAUAAGUUCAUAGCUCAACAUUCCAUUACUAAAAUUGUGAACAAUUGCAUAUACAUGAGAAUAAAUUAUUUUUUCGAUA